UUCGCCUUGGAAGCUCAACGAACAUUCAGAGCUUCAAAGAACAAGCGGAGAUGACAAGGUUUUUUUUAGGUAAGUAAGCAAAAAACGAUAUAGCAUGUCGGAGGGUUAAAGCAGACCGGCAUUUCAAAUUAGAAAAAAAGUAAAAAAAAAGCCUUUCACGUUAACUCACGUCUCGUCACCUUUUUUAAUGCUAAUUUCCAGCUCAUUGGGCGGCUUUAAGCUCUGGUGGGCAAUUUCUUCACAUAUUAUGGGAAAAGCAUGGGGAAAUGAGGGGAUCCUAGUAAAAAAAGCUGCAGAAGCUGGAGUUGAAAAUUCACCAGGUUGCAUUCAUGUAUAUUUGCUUCUCUCUGCAUCUAGCUUGUUUCAUUUUGUUUCUUUUCUUUUCAAUUUCCUCUUUCAUUCUUUGAAUUGAAUGGCAUCAACACCCGUUGGCUAUUGGGGUCCUGUAACGAGUUCAGUGGACUGGUGUGAAGAGAAUUACACUCACAGUUACUAUGUGGCGGAAUGGUGGAAUUCGAUUUCGAGUGUGGCCAUGAUUGCACAAGGCCUUUUAGGAAUGUAUCUGCAUCAGAAUACCCUUGGCAACAAAAUCACGUUUUCGUACUUUCUAACGGUGAUUGUUGGGAUCGGCAGCACCAUGUUCCAUGCAACGCUUUUACAUGAAUAUCAAAUGUGGGAUGAGCUCCCGAUGGUUUGGAAUGCUUGUUAUCUGUUGUGGGUUCUCUUGGAUGAUCGCGGUUUGGCCAAGCGCUGGGUGACUGUCGCCAUAGCGGUGUACUGCGCGGUGUUUAGCUACCUUUGUCAUGUAGCACAAGGCAGUGUACAGUUUUACACCUUCCAAGCCAGCUUUGGAUUGAUGAUGUGGGCGUGCUUCUACCUUGUUUGGAAGAUGUACAAUAGAACCACUGAUGAAAGUGUCCGAGGACUGUACCAGCAUGGUGCCUUCCUUCUAAUAGCGGCCAUCUCCGUUUGGCUAUUCGACAGCAACUUUUGUUUCGUGUUUAAGCAUAUUCCCAACCCGCAGCUCCACGCCUUCUGGCAUGUCCUGGUAAACCCUUUUUUUUUUAGAGGUUUUGCCCCAGCCUAAGCUAAUACCCAUGUUUUGCAGAUGAGCACGAGUUUACACUAUUUCUACGUAGCGUGCGGUUACAGUAGUAAUCUUGCAGUUGGAGCUAAGCGCAUACAAUAC